CUUAAGUGCAAAGUUUAGCUCCGAACUCUCGCGUCUUACGAGUGAAGUGAACAUUUUUAAUUCGAUUUGAAAAUAAAAACUAUUCCACCAUUUUUUAAGGAUAAAAGUUAACUGUUUUGCAUUCGCUUGUGCUUUUACUUCUUAUCAACAACAACAAAAACUUGAAAGUGUACAAAAUGAAAUUCAACGCAACGCUGGCUUUAAUUGUGAUCUGCGGCUUAGUGGCCUGCAGUCAGGCUUUGCCCGCCAAAAAGAGGUUGGCCUACUACCCACAGCCCGCUGCGGCUCAAUACUAUGCCGCUCCACAGCGCAUGAUGUUCAUGCGUUACGUGCAACCCUCGUACGGUAAUGCCCGCUCUCAUCAAGCUGCAGCCGCGCUUGUGGCUGGUGAUUCUGUCGCUACCGGCACUUAUCUGCAGGAUUGUAUUCACACAGGCUCCGCUGAUGGUGUUGCCGCUGCCUCUGUUCCCGUUGAAGCUGCCAGCUUUUCUGGCGAAGUGCAAGAGGAUGCUAUUGCCGCUGCUGGUGCCCAUGUCGCCCACUCUGUUGCUGAAGCCUAUCCCGCUGGGCCCGUGGCUGUGCCUGAAGAAGAACAACACAAAAUAACCGUCCAGGUUGAUUUGGAUCCUGCCAGCGCUGAGGUGAGCGACGACGAAGCUAAGGAAGCCCGCGAAUAUAGCUACGAUGUUCCAGUUUCUGGUCAUGUUGCUGGAGGCGCUGAUCUUGAGCACAAUUUUGCUGGUGAAGCUGCCACAGUUGCUGAGGUCGGGAGUGCUGAACCUGUUGCCCCCGCUGCCGGUGCCGCCGGCGCUGAUGCUGGUGCUGCCACCGUUACUGUUGGUGUCUCCGGUGCGGCCGAGUCCGAAGUUCCUGUUGCCGGCAGUGUCUCAGCUUCUAAGGGUAUUGACGUGAGCAUUAACUUGCCUGCUCCAGCACCAAUCGAACCAGUUGCCCCAUCUGUGCCCGUUGUUGCCGCUAAGCCCGCCAGACGUUACUUGCCAGCCAAGAAGAAGGUCAUCGUUGAAUUGGAACAAGCUGCCGAAUCCGAAGAUGAUGCCGAGAACGCUGUGGCUGUUCAAGAUGAUGACGAUGUCGACGAGGAAAGCGACGAUGCUUACGCUCCAGUGCCAGUCGCUCCCAAGGUGCCUGCUCGCCGUCCAAUUGCCAAAAAGCCCGCGAAGGCUGGUUGCGCCGGCUGCUCAAAGGCUAAGCCUCUGCCGGCUGGUACCUUCUUCCCCGUCGACUUCGGUGGCGCUACCGGUGGAGCCAUUGCCAUUGCCAAUUCCUUCAGCACUGGUGAGGGUGGUGCCGCCACUAGCCACGCCAUCGCCUAUGGCAAUCCUGAACAAGCACGCACUCACUUGCGCCCCAGCAGACGUCACUAAAAAUCUGUCGCGUAUGAAAUAGAAUUUAAAAAAUUUGUAAUAUCAUUACCCAGUAGUGCAACGCAAAUGACUUGAUAAUGUAAUGCCACGACGAAUUACUUGUAAAACCCUUUUAACAAUUGUUUCUAUUAAUAAUUAUUUUUUAUUUUUACCUUCUUAGCCCAAUUGUACACGACGACCCCACAAAAAAAAAACAAAAACUGACAAAUAAAAAUCUUUUAUCCUUAAAAAUUAAUGAGUUUUCUUGCUGAAACGGUAGAUUAGGGAAAGUUUGGGGGGUAAACCAGAGGAGAAAAUCUCCAAAGCGAAAAAACACACAUUGUUUCCGAAAGAAUGAAAUGUUCAUUAGGUUUAUUAAGUUUUUGCAAUGCAUUUAUGCAUUAUCAGCGGUUAAUGUAGGGCGUAACGGCCACGUCCAUUAAUGUUGCCAUGAAAUAAACGAGAGACUUCUUCGAAGGAAGUUUGGUCAGACAAAAAAGCAUAAAUUUCUUCCUUUAAAUUGAGGUCCGAGGUUCCAUCAUCCAUUAGAAGCUUGAGAGUACGCAUCCAAAGGAGUUGUUUUACCGAAGCUCACAUCACACAUUGAUCUCCCCCUUUUCUCACAAAUCUGACUGCCAGUAUUGAUGGGAUUGAGAAACAUAGCUGUGAAAGUCGACUUUUUGCGAGGUCAGCGUGGAUAAGGAAAAACAACCUCGAAAUGUACAGGAACUUCUAUCCGAAACUUUAUGGAGCACUGGCUAUUUCAACUUUAAAGCAACCCUGGAGUCUCACGACUACUUUUUUCGCCAGUCUAGGAGUGGUUCCUUCAUAUAGCGUAGGUAUGAUGAGUAUGUCCGGGUCGAAUAUGGAUAAGGGAAGAUCAGACUUACUGCAGUGUCUAGACCAUUGCGCGCAUCUCUCUAGGCAACUGAAGCUCUUACCAUGCAACACGUUGAAAGUUCGUAGAGGUGGGUAUUUUCUCUCGGCGAAUGUCGGUAACUUGUAGUCUGUUCUUACACGUUGCCCAAAAAGUAUAAUCGAAAGAGAACGAUACCAGCAAACAAAGAGUGUCCUCGGGACCAUUUUUUUAAUAGUUUGGAUUUGAUGUUUUGGAAUUCGACCGAUGAUCGCAUAGAUAGUUGGGGAUCCACUGCUUCAAGCGAAAAGUUAUAGCUUAUAUGACAGGUUGAGGACCGUAGUUAAAUAAUCCACUCCAGCGGGACCAAAAAUUGUUCAGUAUCAACAUGCAAAUUCCGUCGGGUCCAAUGGCUUUG